AUGUCCCGGCGGCAGAGGCCGUGUCCCAGCCCGGCCCUGGGCUGCCGGGGGCUGUCCCCACCCCACGCGUGGAAAACACCGGCCGUGGGGCACCGGGGAGCGGCCGGGACUGGCCGGGCAGGGGCUCCAGCGCCGCCCACCCCCCCGCCCCCGCCGCCGGCCUCGCCGGGAAAGUUGCUCCAAGUUGGAGCGAUGGCGGCGGCUCCUCCUGACGCAUCUUCUCUCUUUUCCAUCCCCAGGUGGGCACGGCCGAGCGGCGUCGCGGGCACCGGACACCGGGCGAGGCGGAGCGGCAGCCCCGGGACUCGGCCGGUAGCACCGGAGGGAUGCGGGGCAGGUGCGGGACCCGCAGUUGGCGGCGUUACCGGGAACGGUGGCAACUUCCCGGGCCGGCGGGGAGCGGCCCCCGGCGGCAUCGCUCGGUGCGGCGGGACAGGGCCGGGGCCGCCCGGUGCUCCGGGGGGAAGCGGGGCCCCCUCCCCGAGCCUCCCGCCGAGGCGGCCGCCGGUUCCUGCGGCGAGCGCCGCGCUCGCACCGGAGCCCAACAUGGCUGCUGUAGUGAAGGUAUUUGAUUCACACGGGGGUGUAGGCGAGGGGAAAAGGGGGGGACCGGAGCCGCCGGGGCCGGUCCAGCGCCCGCAGCCACCGGUGAACCGGCUACGGGCGGGCGACGAGCCGGUAAGUGCCGGGAGGAACGGGCCCGGGCGGGCGCCGUGCAGCCCCCGCCGCGGACACGCGUGGGGCGGCCGCUUCCCCGGUACCGGCGGUGCCAAGCUCGCCCCGCGCCUCCCGGGGACGGCGAGCCGUGGGCAGCGGGCAGCGGGCACCGGCGGGGCCGAAGCGCGGCCCUCCCGGGCCCUGCGCGGUGCCAGCGGGGCCCUGGGCGGGCAGAGAGGCACCGGCUGCGGUGCUGCCCGAACCGGCCCCUCCUGGAACGGGGCCCGGACCGGAGCGAGCUCCCGGAGCGGCGGCAAAGCUCGGCCGGUCUCGUUCGUUCCCUCGGCGGAGCUGCGGGGCCGCGCUCGUUGUUGGGGUUUUACCCUUUGGGCCGGCCGGGGCACAGCCGUGGGCAGCGGCACCGGCACCGGCGGGGCCCGGCAGGUGCGGACGGGCAGCGAGGGGCGAAUUGCGGAGCCCCGGUUCGGAGGUAACGGCGGCGGCUCGGCCCCACGCGUGGUGCGGGGAGUGCGGGGGAUGGCGGGCAGCAGCACCGGGGCCGUACCGGGGGACGAGCCGGUGAUCUGGCACGGCGCUGGCACCACCGCGCAGAGCUCGGCCGCGCCGCGGAGCACCGGGGACGGACGGAGGAGGCACGACCCCGCACGGCCCCGGGGCGCGGCGCCGCCGCCGUUCAGCACCACGGAGAGCGGCGGGGCCGGUGCCCGGUCCCCGGUGCCCGGUGGCGGCGGGAGGAGGCUCCGCUCGCUCCCCGCGAUGCUGCGGCCGCCGCUGGCAGCUUGGGGGGCUCCGGCCAAGGGCUGCCCAGCCCUGAGGAUUCCCGAGCACCGGGAACGGGAGCCGGGCCCCACCGCCGCCCAGCCCGACCCGCUGCUCCCGGUGCCCGCUGGAAGCGGCCCCGGCCCGGCGCUGCCCACGGUUCGCCGCUGUGCCCGGGGCCGUGCCCGGCCUGCCCGCUGCUUUCGUUUUCCGCCGUUUCACCGGAGCGAGGAAGAGCACCGGGAGGGCCGCGGACCCCGCCGGGCCAGGGCCAGGCCGGGUGAAUGGGGACGUGAGGAGACUGGGGACAACCAGGGGGACACUCGGGACUCCUGCGUGCCUGUGGCUUGCUGUGCGGGCAUCUGGGGCUCACGGCUGCGCCCCCCGGUGCGUUCCCGGGUGGGCGAUGGGGAAAGGCCCGUGAGCCCCCCGGGCCCGGCCGGUGCUGCCCCGGGGUCGCCGGGAGAGCGGAGCGGGACCCUCGAACGGCGGGGACCGGCCCCGGGCGGCCGCACGGGGGGGACGUGGAGCCGGACCUCGACCCCAGGCUCUGCCCCGCCGCCCCUCCGAGCCGCGGCCGCGCUUUCUCCCGGGCCAGGGGGGUUUCUCCGCGUCCGGGGGGCACAGGCAGGCCGGGCCCGCCGUGACCCCCGUUAG